UCAUUUCCUCAUUAACGGUCAGACUGGGUUGAGUCGUCAGUGAUUUAUAUUUCCAAAAAGUCUCCCGUUGCUUUUAGAGAACAAGAAAAAGAAAAAAAGUGCAAUGGUGAUCGUAGGUCACGCGGCCUCUGUUGCGCUGCUGUUCUCGUUUGCUUUUGUUGUUGCGGAUGCCAUUCGGCCUUUAAAAGAUGGCCCCAUGAUUGACGCUGAGGGAAGGGAAUACAAAUCUGCCGCGGUUAGAACCGACGCAGAGGAGAUGGGCAGACCCCGAGCCACCGACGGAUCCGUGGUCCGUGUCCAAUGCACAGACGUGUCCAUGAUCGUCGUGGUGAAUGCUCGCCUGGUUCAAAAUGGGCCCACCGUGUCUCCUGGAGACCUUUUCCUCGGGGAGGCUCAUUCAGGGGGCCGCCGGUGCCGGGCAGCUGCAGUUAGUGACACUGAAUAUGUCAUCGAAGCUGGACUACGAGACUGUGGCUCCAAAUUAGUUAUAUCUGAGGACUCUUUGAUCUACUCAAACAAGCUGGUGUUCUCACCAGCUGCCAGUUACCAUGGCGGUACAAGGAGGGCUCAUGCUGUAGUCCCUGUUUCCUGUCAAUAUCAAAAGCCACGCCAUGUGAGCGGUUAUGCGCCCCCGCCGCAGCAGCAGCAGCCCCUGACCCUCUUCACACCUGCAGUCCAGUAUUCUGCUUUCUCUUUAAAGCUCAUGACGGGUGACUGGAAAAGCGAGAUGUUCUCCAGUGCCUCCUACGUUGGAGACCUCCUGCACCUGGAGGCGUCGUACGCUGGUCCUGAUGCAGGACAAAGACGCCUCUUCAUCGACCACUGCGUCGCCACCCUGACACCUGACGCGGCAUCAGUCCCCAGAUACUACUUCAUUGAAAACCAUGGGUGUGUCACCGACGCAAAACAGGGAGGCUCGAACACAAUGUUCAAACCCAGAUUGAGGACGGAUUCCCUUCGACUGCAGCUUGAUGCCUUCCUGUUCCAUCGUGAUCCGAGGAACUCGAUAUUUAUCACUUGCCAACUGACGGCUACCUCUGAAUUGUGGAAGAGCGGCCCAAUCAACAAAGCCUGCAAUUACGUCCAUUCAAGCUGGACAAAUGAGGACGGGGAUGUUGGGGUGUGUCAGUGCUGCGACAGGUACUGUCAGGGAAGAUCGCUGGAAGAUGUGGUUUGUGGCACUGUGACUCUCGGCCCUUUGAUGAUUUUCCCCAGCAAAUGAGCAAAGAACAAAUAUCUGGACAAUAAACUGUGAACUCUG